AUGGCUCCCGCGGCACAUGCCGGCGAUCCCGCCCUGGGAUCGCUAUCGGCACACCUGUCCUCGGCGCAGGACGGCGCCAGGCGGCUGAUGCGGGCAUCGGCGGGCCGGCGCGACGGCCCGCGGCCCGCCGGCCGCAUCCCCGCCCCCCCGGCGCGAUCAAAGAAUCGCGAAUCGGGUAUCAUGGUUGCCGGCGCGAUUUCGGAACAGGAUUCGGUCGAUGUGGCGGUGGAUGGGCUGUUGGGCCCCGCGCCACCCGGCGAUGUCGAUGCGGCGGAAAAUGACGGCAAGGUUGCGCUCGAGGCGGUGGAACUUGCCAGCGAGGCCGGGCAGGAUUACGGUGAGCUGCGCGAUCUGCUCUCCGCGGGAGAGUUUCAGGAAGCAGGGGGAGAGACAAGGGCCAGGCUGUUGGCCUUGGCGGGGGCGGAUGCCGUGAGCAGGGGGUGGGUUUACUGGUCGGAGGUGAAGUUCAUUCCGAAUGCGGAUAUGAGGACGAUUGACGGGCUCUGGCGGGCGGCCAGCGGGGGCAGGUUUGGCUACUCGGCGCAGAAGCAGGUGUUCGCUGCCUGCCAGAGGCGCUGGACGCGCUUCUUCGUGGAGGUGGGGUGGGUGGAUGGGGAGAGCAACAAGUACGUGGAGUGGCCGGGGGCCUUCGACUACAGCCUGGGCGCCCCCGCGGGCCACCUGCCGGAGACGAACUGUUUGAGGGGCACGCAGCUGCUGGCGGCGCUGAUGGAGCACCCGGCGUUCGAGGGGGCGGGGGCGCGCAGCGAGGCGGAGCUGCAGGGCGGGACGUUGCCCGAUUGGAUGUAG